AUGGCUAUGAGUGCUCCUUGGAUGGACUGCAUGCCGCCCGUGCACACCAUCGCAUCUCCAGGGGCAGGCAACCUCGGUGUAUUAUUCGAAGAUCGAUCCAUGCACGUGGCAGAAAUAGCUCAUUCAGAACCACCAGCUACAAUGCCAUCAGCAUCUCCACCUGCCCUGCUUUUUCAACCCAAAGGCAGCCUAACGCCCUUGACAGUUCUCGUCGAAGCAACAUCCUCAAAGACUAAGCAGGCCCCGACGAAACAUGGACGGGAGUUCCACUUUGUCGACAUGAGGGACAAGAAAGAAGCGCAACGUAUUCGAAACACCAUAAAUUCUCGCAAGCAUCGUCAAAAUAAGCUUGAUAGAAUCAGGGAGCUGGAGAAGAAGCUUGCUGCCUCUGAGGCUGAGACACAACGACUGCAUGCCAAUGCAGAAGGACCAAGCAAGCCAGGCUUUGGGAAAAUUGGCACUAUCUAG